CAAAAGAAGGAAACAGGCAACAUGGACGCUUGUCUGAGCGUGCAAAAAGAAGUCGAUAAAGUUCUUGGGAAAUUUGAGGGAAUCAAAACUCACUCCGCCCGUACAUUGGAGGAGCUGAUUGACAGUUUGAAUAACAUCAAGCAUGAAUUGUCAGCUGCUGAUCACCACACAGAGUUGAACCGAGUGCAUCAACUGAUUCUUGGCUCGGCCCAGAACAGAACCAAAGACAUCCUGACCCGGGUGAGCAAUGAGCAUAAGGACAUCCACAGCAGCGUCUCCAAGAUUGGCAAGGUGAUAGACAAGAAUUUCACCAGUGAGCUGAUCCAGUUAAACUCCGAGCAGACGUUUGAGUCGCCGGACAGGAUGCGACUGCUGAACGAAGUCAUCUGUGAGCACUUUUUACGGCAGGGCAUGCUGGACAUAGCAGAGAAUCUGACUGAGGAGGCUGGACUAGACAUGUUAGACUCAGCCAAGGAACCCUUCAUCGAGAUCAACCAGAUCCUGGAGGCUCUGAAGCGAAAGGAUCUUGGGCCAGCAAUGGCUUGGGCCGCUAGACACAGGGAGCAGCUCCAAGCCCAGAACAGCUCGUUAGAGUUCAAGCUCCACCGGUUACGCUUCAUCGAGCUCAUCAGCCAUGGCAGCGCCAAGCAACAGGAGGCGCUGGCCUUUGCCAAGAGCUUCUCCCGGUUCGCUCAGGGGCAUGCUAAAGAGCUGCAGGUGUUGAUGGGCAGCUUGCUCUUCAUCCGCCAGGGCCUGGAGCAUACGCCGUACUCUCACCUCCUCGACCCCAUCCAGUGGGACGACAUCUGCGACGUCUUCACACAGGACGCCUGCGCCCUGCUGGGCCUGUCGGUGGAAAGCCCUCUGACAGUCAGUAUAUCAGCCGGUUGUGUGGCCUUACCAGCCCUGCUCAACAUCAGGCAGGUUAUGCAGCAACGACAGUGCCAAGUUGUGUGGACCGCCAAAGAUGAACUACCAAUUGAAGUUGAUCUUGGUGAGAACCACCGCUACCAUUCCAUCUUCGCCUGCCCAAUCCUACGACAACAGACAUCGGAGACUAACCCUCCGGUCCGUCUGUCGUGCGGCCACGCUAUCUCCAGGGACUCUCUCAACAAACUCACCAACGGAAACAAAAUCAAAUGUCCAUACUGUCCGGUGGAGUCAUCCCCUGCGGACUCAAAACAGCUCUACCUGUAGUUUGCCUCGAUUGCUAAUUGUAAAUCUCAUUGUCUCAUUGUAUAAUAAAUACAUUAUUUAAUAGCACUGGGAUGCACGAGUUUAAGUUGUUUAAUUUCAGAGUCAGAUCUGCUCUCUCAGAAUAUUAAGACACUUUAAGAAUUGGCUGUUGACAAAAAGGUAUGUAAAUAACAAUUGAUUAAGAAUCUGGUUUGUCUUAGAGGGUCAUCAUUUUGUCUGUUAUGAGGUACAUUUAUGAAAGCUGUUACCUGCUCUCUGAAAAAGAGGAAUCCCUCGGGCUGUACUGAGUAAUCACAUGUUGACUGUUGAGCUGUCUUAAAUUUCACCUCCUGGAUUUGAAUUUGUCAGAAUGUUGAUUUAUGGGAAUGGUAUUGCUGAAUAUUGUAGCCAGAAUACUUUGGACUGUAUUAUUACGACACACUAAGCGUUGGAAAGGCACAAUAGUGCUGUGUACACUUCAAUGAUAUCUUUGUCCUGGACAUGCUGUGGUGUGUUAAACUUGUAUGUACAUGUACGUGAAAAAAGACACCAACGGUUUGUGAGCAUUGAGGUGAAAAUUCUCAUUGCUCACACUGCACAUGUCUGAAUUCCUUGCCAAUGGCUAACAAUACCAGUGCCAAAGGAAGUGAAAGUCUGGCGGCUAAAACUGGUUGCCAUAGAUGAGUCCGUUAUUGCCAGCUGCAGCCAUGCACUUUGGACGUGGCCCAGGCCCCUUUCGCAUGAGCACACCAGUGUUGGUACAUAUAUACAUGUCACCCUUCUCGUGGCUCUCAUAACCGUGCAAUUUAGCACCAUCUGCGGAGUCCAUAUACUUAUUCAAGCACAGCCCUUUCCUCAGUGUUGUAGUUAAGUCCUUCACAAGUCUUUUGUACAAGUCCCGUCACAAGACCCCGUCAUAAGACCCUUCACAAGUCCGGUCUUUCGUUAAACUGGGUGAGUGGCGACAAAGGAAUUCCUCUUGUCACAGGUUCAUUUGAAUAGUCUGUGACUUGGAUUAAGACCAUCUGACUUGGCAAUCGUCGUGCAGGGACUUGACUGCAACGUCUCAAUUUCUAAGCAUCCUAUAAGUGUGCAAUGAUGCUAGUGGCACCACUUUCCUCUUUUACGUACAAACCAUAACGAGAGGGUAAUUUGCUUUAUUUCAGUGUAAUCCUUUUCAUUUAAGGGGGAAAGGGUAUCAGUUGGAAUAGGGGGAAACUUUGUAUAUUUUUGUAUAUAUAUAGUGCUUUAGCCUAUUACGUAUAGUACGCGUCAUAUUUAUUAUGUGAAUUUUUGUAACAUGGUAUUUUGUAUAUGAAUACUGUAUGAUCUGUACAAUUGUGGGGGUGCACAGUGGGGGGGUUCAGCAGAUUUUUCUUACAAUUUUCAACUUUUCGGAGGGGAAAUAUUCUAAGUUCUUGCAACCUAAGUGAAAGCAUCAUCUUGUGAUCUUUCUAUCUACACACGUGCAGCUACUUGAUACAAAGUAUCAUUUGCAAUUCUGUGAACACUUGGUUACUUCUUGAUCGACAACUGGAGACAAAAUUGUGACCAAACCCCUCCAUCUAAAAUAAAAAAAACAACCAACCAAACAAAAAAAAACCCAGAAACAAAACAAAAACAAAACAAAAAAACCCAAAGGUGUCUCGACUUGCUGCCAGUAAUUGUGAGGUCACUGAAAAAAAGCAAAAAAACAAAACAAAAACAAAACAAAAAACCCCGGUGUUUGAGAGUGAGAAACUUAACGGAGUUUUCAGUGUUUCCUCAGAAAGUUUCUACUGGUCACACUUUUCAACACGUUGCAUUCUGAGUACCCUGCACAGUAUUUCAAUACCUUCUCUUAGCUUGGAAUAAAAAAAGUGACUUUGCCUCCAAGAAAUCCUAGUACCUGAUGGAAGUAACUGAAAAAUUAAUUGCUUCUCGAUUGUGUGACAGUUUAUGAAACUUGAGGAAAUUACCUAUGUUGAUUUGCUUGCAUUGUUGAGAAAUGAUGGUAAGCUGUGCCCUUGAAGUCAGGAUGCUUACACUAAGGGUAUGGGGGUGGCUGCCGCAAACGUAUUAAUGUCACAGCUAUAUGCACUGUUAUAGUUUAGCUUUUAAUUGAGUGGCAAGACUCGGAGGUCUGGGGCACUUAGCGAGGUGCAUCACUGGCACUGUGCCUUGACAAAGGAUUGUGUUUUAUUAGUGAAAAUGAUCCCUUGCCGUUCCCACUACCAAUUCUCCAAGUUUAUCUCGGCAGAAGUAAUUUUAUCCCGGAAUAAAACUCAUUCUUGCGGAAAUACAA